CCUGGCACUAUAUGAAUCAGUCCUUUCAGUGGAGUAAUAGCUCACGCCUUCCACGUGUGUAAAGUUUAUCCGAGAAGCCAAAACAGCAGAAAAGAAGAUGUCUGAAGCUGGCAGGAAAAACCCCAAUUACAAUAGUGUGACUAUGAAAGUCUACAGAAAGUUUAAACAUAAAGUAGCUCUGAAGAACAGCCUGGCAAAAGAAACACUCUCUGAGUUUUUCGCCACAUGUUUACUGAUAAUUCUUGGCUGUGGUUGUGUUGCAACCUCUGUUCUUAGCAAUAGAUCAUCAGAUGCCUACCUCACAAAUAACCUGGGCUUUGCAAUGGCAGUGACUAUAGCAGUGUAUGUCGCUGGAGGGGUAUCAGGUGGCCAUAUAAACCCGGCAGUUUCCUUUGCCAUGUGUUUAACAGGAAGACUAAAGUGGGCUAAGUUUCCUUUCUAUGUAAGUGCACAGUUUUUAGGUGCAAUGGCUGGAUCUGCAGCAAUUUUUGGCAUCUAUUAUGAUGCACUAUAUAAUUACACAGGAGGGAUCCUUACAGUUGAUGGUCCAAAUGCCACUGCAUACAUUUUUGCAACAUAUCCACAACCCUAUCUGUCUAUUUUGGGUGGUUUUGCAGAUCAGGUGAUGUCUACUGCUCUCCUACUCAUUGGAGUAUUUGCAAUAUUUGACAACAAGAAUUUGGGAACGCCUAAGGGGCUAGAACCAAUUGCGGUUGGGCUUCUCAUUCUGCUUUUAGGAUUGUCACUUGGAAUGAAUUCUGGAUGUGCAAUGAAUCCUGCAAGAGAUUUGGGACCAAGGAUUUUCACUGCUAUGGCUGGAUGGGGCAUGGAUGUAUUCACAUAUGGAAAUAACUGGUGGUGGGUUCCUGUCGUGGGGCCUAUGGUUGGAGCAGCCAUUGGUGCCUUCAUUUAUGUGCUCUGUAUAGAAGCUCAUUGCAGUGAUUACAUCAUAGAAGAUGCCCAUAAUAGCCUGGAAGUAGAUCAUUAUGAAAAACAGGAAUUUACCAACAUGGCGUGAUAUGCCCACUUGGACUAAUCUAACCCUUUGUUUGGACUUGGGAGUCAAAUACUGCCUUGUGGUGUUACCACAACCACCUACCAAUAUAAGCUCAUCUAAGGAAUACAACAUUUUACUGUGAUGAAGCACAUAUAACAGCCACAAUAUUACCAGCUCACUUUGAAAAGGAAAAUGUUCGCUUUUUUUAAUGGCUUUCAUUUUACAUUUUAUUCUUAGCCAUCAUUCACACAGAUAAAAGUACUGCGCCAUAAUCAUAUGACCUCUUAAUUGCUGGGACAUAAAUCCCAUGUGUUAAUGAAGCACUAAUGGACCAUACACUGGGUCACGAAGGUGUUUGCAGGUGAUUGGUCUUGUCAUGCAUUAAUGUGUAAUAGCUGUGAUCAAUCAUCAGUACCAUUAAAAUAUGCUACCUGGUAAAAUGAUUUUAUUGUCAGGGGCCAACAGCUUUACGUCAAUCGGAUAUUGUUCCCCAUCUAAAAGGAAAUGUAUUUUACAUUGCCAUUAAUUUUGCUGCAAGAAGGGGCAAACUAUGAAGCAAUAAACCCACUGUGCUCAGGAUUACUAGGAACUGCCAAGCCAUUCAAUGGCCCAACCUUAAUUAGCUCUAAUGAGCUUUCUUCCUUUCUUUAUCUAUCAAACUCAAGUACCUCAACUAUAUGUCCUCUCCUGUCUGUGGUAUCACUAGCAUACAUUUAGAACUUGAGCAUCCUAGCCCUCCUUGCCCUUGCAACUAGCUUCAUCUAUAGAAUAUAGACUACACUGACUCUCACAUCACACACUCAUGUAAUACAGUACAUACAAACAUAAAAUAGAGGUUUAUUAAUUCCACUAUCCAUAUCCACGUUUAUAGAUCAAAAUGUUGCAAUUUACACUAUUUUUAUGUAAAGUGAUGUAUUGUCUCAAUUUAUCAACUGGGAUUUCGAUAAAAACUUUUAUCACCAUCAUGGUUUGUUUAUACAGCGCAGUGUUUUGCACUGAUAUACAGUAUAACAAACACAGGUGUCUUGCAAGAAUAAAAAGAGUUGCAAAAUACUAAUGAGAUCAAGGAGCUCUGCUCAAAGAGCUUACCUUUGUACCCUUUGAUCAUUUCUCUGGCAAGCUGGAGGUAAUAUUUAGAAGCCCACUUUAACAACACCUUUAUCCCUCUAAAGUAAUUAAAAAGUCUAGCAAGUACAUACCAGUAAACAUAAUGCACUUCAGAGUGAAGAUACAUGGGUAAAGCGAGUAGGGAUGAGCAGGUCUAAUGGGACAGAAUAAGAAGUGGAUGAAGCAAAAUUCAAUUGAAUUGAAUUUAGAGUGUAGUCUGGGUGGGAAUGGGAGUGACCACUUUGUUCAUUCAUCUACAGCAGUGAUCCCCAACCAGUAGCUCUUGAGCAACAUGUUGCUCACCAAGCCCUUGGAUGUUGCUCUCAGUGUCCUCAAAGC